CAAGGGUUUUUUUUACCUCUGUCGCCAGGUAGAAGAGGCAAAGGGGAAGAACAGAGAAGCAAAAGCAACCGCUUCAUUCUUUCCUUCCUUCAUCAAUUCACCGGCGACUCCAUGGCUAAUCCUACCCCCACAAUGGCACGGUCUUUCCUUCAGGUUGCAGCCACGGAGGAGGUUGCUCUUCCUCUCCGUGUUGUUCAGAUCGAAGGACUGGUUGUUUUGAAGAUAAUCAAACACUGCAAGGAGUUUUCGCCGUCUUUAGUGACUGGGCAGCUCCUAGGAUUGGAUGUUGGUAGCGUUCUUGAAAUUACCAACUGCUUUCCUUUUCCGAUUAGGGAGGAGGAUGAGGAGAUUGAAGCAGAUGGUGCUAAUUACCAGCUUGAAAUGAUGAGGUGCUUGAGAGAGGUCAAUGUUGACAAUAAUACUGUUGGAUGGUAUCAGUCAAUGUUGUUCGGUUGUUUCCAAACGGUGGAAUUGAUUGAGACAUUUAUGAAUUACCAGGAAAAUAUUAAGCGGUGUGUUUGUAUAAUUUAUGAUCCUUCAAGAGCUAAUCAAGGUGCCUUAGCUCUCAAGGCUUUGAAGCUUUCUGAUUCUUUUAUGGAUCUGUACCGCAACAACAAUUUUACUGGAGAGAAAUUGAGGGAGAAAAACUUGUCAUGGGUGGAUAUUUUUGAGGAAAUUCCUAUCAAAAUUUCAAAUUCUGCACUUAUCAGUGCCUUCAUGACUGGGCUAGAAGCUGAUACACCAGUGACUCAGUGUGAUUAUGACCGCCUGCAAUUAUCAACCAGUCCAUAUUUGGAAAGUAAUGUAGAAUUUUUGAUUGAAUGCAUGGAUGAUUUGUCAGUCGAGCAGCAGAAGUUCCAAUAUCACUAUCGGAACCUUUCACGCCAGCAAGCUCAGCAGCAAGCAUGGCUUCAAAAGAGAAGGUCAGAGAACAUGACACGCAAAGCUGCAGGAGAAGAGCCCUUGCCUGAGGAGGAUCCUUCAAAUCCCAUCUUCAAACCAAUCCCUGAACCAUCACGUUUGGGUAGUUUCCUGAUAACCAAUCAAAUGGCAAAUUAUUGCAACCAAAUCAACGGGGUUUCUGGACAGAGCUUCAGCCGAUUAUACUUGAUGAAGGCUUUGCAUAAAGAUUGAUGCUAUGUGAGGUUUGAAUGGCCUGUCAUCCCUCAUUUCAGAAUUAUUUAUUGUUUGUAGCCUUUGUUAACAGCGAGGUAUGACGCCAUUUUGGAUGAAAAUGAAAACAAUUUUGGGCAAAGAACAAUUGAUGCGUAAAAACAGUAUCAUAAUUUUGAAAUGAUUAUAGAAUGUUACUUAGCAUUGUUUAAAA